CGUCACGCUCGAGUUUUGGAUCAGUUUGAGGCACACAAACACUGGCUGGGUUUAUAUUUACCCAGUAAGUUCGGGUUCUACCCAAAAAGCAUAUGGCGUGGAGUCAAUGGAGUUACAUGCAUGUCUAACCUGGAACCAUGAAGCCCAUAGAUUGUGUGACUCUUAGUAGAUAGCGUGAUGGUCAUUGUAACUGUUUACUUUUCAUCACGCAAUAUUUGGAAGCAUGUUGAUUUGUCUCGCUUUCAGACGAGUCUCAUUUUCUUCUUUGAAACACCUAAGGAAAACUCACUUGUCCGCGGUGGCUAAUAUGUCGACGUCGAUGAAGGCAGUUGUGAUACAUGACUACGGUAAUUCUAGUAAACUUAGCUACGAAGAUGUGCCAAUUCCUGAACCAGGACCUGACGAGGUCCUGGUAAAGAAUCAUUUUGCUGGUUUAAACUUCAUUGAUACUUAUGUCAGACAAGGAAUCAUGAAACUAGUACAACCUGGAGGAAUCUUAGGAUUUGAAGGAGCAGGGACAGUAGAGAAACUGGGUUCCGGUGUUCAGGGUCUCUGUGUAGGAGACAGGGUUGCAUUUGGCUUUAUUGGCACGAGUGCCUAUGCACAGUACAGCAAAGUUGGUGCCAAACAUGCUGUUAAAGUUCCUGAUCAGCUCACCAUGGAGCAAGCUGCCAGCACCUUAUGGCAGGGUUUCACUGCACAUGCAUUUGCAUGUUCUUCUUAUCCAAUCAAAGCUGGAGACAAAGUUUUGGUUCAUGCAGCUGCUGGCGGAGUCGGCAGCUUGAUUACUCAGAUUGCAAAGAAUACAGGAGCUUUUGUGAUUGGAACAACUAGCACUGAGGCCAAAGCAGCAAAAGCGAGGGAAGCUGGUGCCGAUGAGGUCAUACUUUACUCACAGAAAGAUUUUGUUGAAGAAGUCAACAGGAUUACUGAUGGAAAAGGGGUAAAUGUUAUUUAUGAUGGCGUGGGAAAGACGACAUUCCUGAAGGAUUUCGGUUGUCUGGCACGCCGAGGAACCGUUGUUUUAUUCGGUGGAGCUUCGGGUCGCCCUGAGCCUCUCGAUACCAGCGUACUUGCCAAAGGUUCAUUUUACGUCACAUAUGGCGUCAAUUUUCACUUUGUGGAGGAUCCAGCUGAAUACAGCCAGAGAGCCACAGAGCUUUUCACUUGGUUGACGGAAGGAAAACUCAAAUUUAGCGGAGGUAUUACAGUGGUUCCCUUGUCUGAUGUGAAAAAGGCGCAUGACAUGUUAGAAGGGAGGCAAACAACUGGGAAAGUUCUUCUGCAGCCAUGAUAGAUCGUGGAAAGGUGUAGACAGUAAAUAGCUCAUGGAUCAUUCUUCCAUUUGAAGUACGUACUUGUACUCGCCCUCUUUGGGAAUAAAAAAGUUUAAACAGCGGUCAGCUGUUAGGGAAUGCUU